AGAUAGAGGGAGGGAGGAGCGAGAAAGAGAGACCGAGAGUAGGAGAUCUAGAAAGGGGAAAUCUAAUUUUGUCCAGACUCUGAGUCAACAACUGACACACUUGUAGGAGGCUAUCAUAUCUGCCUGCAGACAACCAGUGGAUAUCAGUUCUCCUGUCCAUCGUGUGUGUGUGUGUACCACCAUGCCAUCCUACACAGUGACGGUGGCUACAGGAAGCCAGUGGUUUGCAGGGACUGAUGACUACAUCUAUAUCACCCUGGUGGGAACAGAGGGAUGCAGUGAGAGGACUUUACUGGACAAACCGCUCUACAACGACUUCGAGAGAGGGGCGGUGGACUCGUAUGAUGUGACGGUGGGKGAGAACCUGGGGGAGAUGGAGCUGGUGAAGAUAGAGAAGAAGAAGUACUGGGUUCAUGAUGACUGGUACUGUAAGUACAUCACAGUGAAGACCCCCUCUGGAGACUACGUAGAGUUCCCCUGCUUCCACUGGCUGGUGRACGACAAGGAGGUGGUCCUCAGGAACGGCAAAGCACUGCUGCCAAAGGAUGACAAGACCAGACAGGUGAAGCAACACCGACACAAAGAGCUGGAGAGCAGACGGAAAACCUACAGAUGGAGGGAGUGGCAGCCUGGAAUUCCUAUGAGUAUAGAUGCCAACACUCACAAGGAGCUUCCCAGAGACAUCCAGUUUGAUAGCGAGAAAGGAGUGGACUUCAUACUCAACUACAGUAAGGCGAUAGAGAACCUCUGUGUGAACCAGUUCAUGCACAUGUUCCAGUCCUCCUGGAAUGACUUUGCUGACUUUGAGCGGAUCUUCGUCAGGAUCAAAAACACCAUCUCAGAGUAUGUGAUGCAGCACUGGAAAGAAGACUUUAUGUUUGGCUACCAGUACCUGAAUGGCUGUAACCCAGUGAUGAUCCAGAAGUGCACCAAGCUGCCAGAGAAGUUCCCCGUUACACAUGACAUGGUGGCAGAUUGUCUGGAGAGAGAGAUGACUCUGGAGGAGGAAAUUGAGGCAGGUAACAUCUACAUAGCAGACUAUGAGUUGAUGGAAGACAUCAGUCCCAACAGUACAGACCCCUGUACUCUACAGUACCUGGCUGCUCCUAUCUGUUUGCUGUACAACAACAGCCAGAGCAAGAUCCUGCCUCUGGCCAUACAGCUGGGUCAGACUCCAGGGAAGGACAACCCUAUCUUCCUGCCCAGUGAUGGUCAGUAUGACUGGAUGCUAGCUAAGAUCUGGGUCCGCUCCUCUGACUUCCACAUCCACCAGACAGUCACACACCUGCUGAGGACUCACCUGGUCUCUGAGGUGUUUGGAGUGGCCAUGUUCAGACAGCUGCCUGCUGUACACCCUGCUUAUAAGUUGCUCCUUCCUCACAUUCGUUUCACCAUCGCCAUCAACACCAAGGCCAGAGAGCAGCUCAUCUGUGAGUUUGGCAUCUUCGAUAAGGCCAAUGGUACAGGAGGUGGAGGUCAUGUAGAGAUGAUCCAGAAGGCUAUGAGGUCACUGACCUUCAGGUCUCUGUGUUUCCCUGAUGCCAUUAAGGCCCGCGGGGUGGACAGCCCUGAGGACCUACCCUACUACUACUACAGAGACGACGGGAACCGGGUCUGGGAUGCCACCAAGAGUUUUGUGUGGGACGUGGUGUGUAUCUACUACGACAGUGAUGACACAGUACAGAAGGAUGAGGAGAUACAGGCGUUUGUUAAAGAUGUCUGCAGCUUUGGGAUGCAGGACUUUGACUGCUGUGGGUUUCCCAAGUCCCUGAAGACACGCGAGGAGCUCACAGAGUAUCUGACUGUCAUCAUCUUCACUUCCUCUGCACACCACGCUGCUGUCAACUUUGGACAGUAUGACUGGUGCUCGUGGAUCCCCAAUGCACCCCCCACCAUGCGUAAGCCCCCUCCCAGACAGAAGGGGGUGGUAGAUGUGAAGUUCAUCAUCCAGAGUCUCCCUGACCGCGGCCGGUCCUGCUGGCACCUAGGGGCCGUCUGGGCCCUCAGUCAGUUCCAGGAGAACGAGCUCUUCCUGGGGAUGUACCCAGAUGAGCACUUCAUAGAGAAGCCGGUGAAGGAGGCCAUGGAGUCGUUCAGGAAGAGACUGGCAGAGGUCAGCAGUGUCAUCAAAAUUCGUAACGAAGGCAAGAAACUACCCUACUACUACUUCUCUCCCGACCGCAUCCCUAACAGUGUGGCUGUCUGAGAAAGGAAUGAAGGGGAGAGAGCAAGGAAGGGAACAAGGAGGAGGGAUAGCUAUAUUGUCUGAUAUACACUGAGUGUACAAAACAUUAGGAACACCUGCUCUUUCCAUGACAAGCUGACCAGGUGAAA